GCCCAGCGAGGGCCGGGCUGCGGGGGCGCCCGCCCGGGAUGUGAGCGCCGAGCGCGCCGGGCGGGGAGGGCGGGCAGGGCGGCAGGAAGGACGCGCGGACGGGAGGAGGAGCGGCGCCGAGCCGGAAGGCGGGAGGCGCGUCCGUUGGGCCCGCGGCGCGGCCGGCCAGCCGCCUCGUCGCUCGGGCGGGAGCGGGGCCCGCGCCUCCUCCCGGGCGCCGCGGGGAGGAAGAUGGAGACGCACAUCUCGUGCCUGUUCCCCGAGCUGCUGGCCAUGAUCUUCGGCUACCUGGACGUGCGCGACAAGGGGCGCGCGGCGCAGGUGUGCACGGCCUGGCGGGACGCCGCCUACCACAAGUCGGUGUGGCGGGGGGUGGAGGCCAAGCUGCACCUGCGCCGGGCCAACCCGUCGCUGUUCCCCAGCCUGCAGGCCCGGGGCAUCCGCCGGGUGCAGAUCCUGAGCCUGCGCCGCAGCCUCAGCUACGUGAUCCAGGGCAUGGCCAACAUCGAGAGCCUCAACCUCAGCGGCUGCUACAACCUCACCGACAACGGACUGGGCCACGCGUUCGUGCAGGAGAUCGGCUCGCUGCGCGCCCUCAACCUGAGCCUCUGCAAGCAGAUCACCGACAGCAGCCUGGGCCGCAUAGCCCAGUACCUCAAGGGCCUGGAGGUGCUGGAGCUGGGCGGCUGCAGCAACAUCACCAACACCGGCCUCCUGCUCAUCGCCUGGGGCCUGCAGCGCCUCAAGAGCCUUAAUCUCCGCAGCUGCCGCCACCUCUCGGACGUGGGCAUCGGGCACCUGGCCGGCAUGACGCGCAGCGCGGCCGAGGGCUGCCUGGGCCUGGAGCAGCUCACGCUGCAGGACUGCCAGAAGCUCACGGAUCUGUCCCUGAAGCACAUCUCCCGGGGGCUGACGGGCCUGAGGCUCCUCAACCUCAGCUUCUGCGGAGGCAUCUCGGACGCAGGCCUCCUGCACCUGUCGCACAUGGGCAGCCUGCGCAGCCUUAACCUGCGCUCCUGCGACAACAUCAGUGACACGGGCAUCAUGCAUCUGGCCAUGGGCAGCCUGCGCCUCUCGGGGCUGGAUGUGUCCUUCUGUGACAAGGUGGGGGACCAGAGCCUGGCUUACAUAGCGCAGGGGCUGGACGGCCUCAAGUCCCUUUCCCUCUGCUCCUGCCACAUCAGCGACGACGGCAUCAACCGCAUGGUGCGGCAGAUGCACGGGCUGCGCACACUCAACAUCGGGCAGUGUGUACGCAUCACGGACAAGGGCCUGGAGCUGAUCGCCGAGCACCUGAGCCAGCUCACCGGCAUCGACCUGUACGGCUGCACCCGCAUCACCAAGCGCGGCCUGGAGCGCAUCACGCAGCUGCCCUGCCUCAAGGUACUCAACCUGGGCCUCUGGCAGAUGACGGACAGUGAGAAGGUCAGGUGAGGGCGGCAGCACCAACUCCCCCGGCCCCGCCCUGUUCGUCCUCCUGCCACUGCCGCGGCCCCCCGCGCUCACUCGACACGCACACGUAGACCCAGAGCAUUGCCGCGGACGCGGUGGGGGCCGUGACGCGGAGCCCCAGGCUCGUCCUCCCCUCCCCCUCCCCCCCGUUGCGUCCGGGGUCCCUCCGCCACCCACACCCACACCCUCUCCUUUUCCCCGAGGAUGCGGAGAUGGACUCGCCACCCACCAGCCACUCCUCCCAGCAGGGGUUUGGAGAACGGAUUGAGCUACUGUAUCCCCGCCGCGCUGCAUUUGGAAACGGGGGGUGGGGAGUGACCAGUCCUUUCAGCCCUGGGGAGUUGGGGAAAAUGUCUGCCUUCACUUAAGCUUUCAUUUGAAUACUGUGAUCUGGUUUUUAUUUCGAAACGUAUAAAAGCAAACCCAACUACAACGGCCUUUUCACCCUUCUUCCACUUCGUAACUAAUCGCAGUCUCUCCUCAUCAGUCCUUUGACAGUACUCUGCCACUCACGCUCAUUUCAUUUGUAUUGUCUUUCUUUUUUUAUUUUUUGAAGAAAGUUGACAUCAUGGUCUCUUUUUUUUUUUCUGCUGAGUAUAGUCUAUAUAUUAUAUAUAUAUAAAUUAUAUAUAUAUAUGUGUGUGUGUACAUAUAUAUACAUAUAUAUAUAUAUGGGUGUGUGUGUGUGUGUGUAUGUCUGGCUACCUCGUUUUAGUUUACUUUUUUCUCUGAAGCCCUGGAGUUCUACAAGAGAGAUAUUUUGAGACUGAAACAUUUUUGUGCCUAGACUGGAAAGAUGCCCAUCGGGUUUGUACAUCUUUUUUGUUUUGGCUUCUUCCCAAACCCCAUCCACCCCGUGUAUCCCACUUCACAUUCUGGCUCUGCUUUCCUUUUUCUCCUUGUCCAUAGGGAUUUGAGGGCCCAGCCGUGAUCCUAAAUCUUGACUUAAUUUAUAGCACACAUGUGUGGGAGACAUGAGAGUUGGACUGUUUUGUUUUUUGGGUUUUUUUUUGUCUGUUUGUUUGAGAUGCAGAUUGUGUCUUGAAAAUGAUGAUUAAAUAUGCAGAUUCUGCCCUGCCCUCACCCUCUUGCAAGUUUCCCCACGAAAAGGUCACACAGCGAGGGUUCCUGUUGGGAGCAGAGGAGCCGAGUUGGCUUCCAGAGCCCCCGGGGCUGUAAUGUGAAGGGAAGGAGACUGAAAUUCAUGUCUUAUCUCUGUUCUGUUAAUAAAACGGGAGUUUGUGGGUUUUUAAAAAUUCUGUUUCUAAAUGGAGGAGUAGAUGCCUUUCUUUAUUUUGAUGGGGGUUGGGACUUGUGGCUUUAAAAAAAAAAAAUCACUUUUGUGUAGGAUGUACAUUUUUGUUGGAUUUUUUUUGGUUUAUUUUUUUUUAGAAUCCUCCACAGCAACAUGCGAGACCAUGGAGUUAAAGAAACCCAGAGACCUUUAUCAGUUAAUUGUACUGUUUGUGAAUUUGUAUAAAUAAUAACAAAGAUCCUCUUAAAACAUUUAUAUUCUUACAGUAAAAGGUUAAACUGAUAUUUAUAUAAUAAAAGAGGAAAUAUGAAGUAUGUUUUUGAAAAAAA